CUAUUUUUAAGGUUUCUGUAACCAACCUUUCCUAUUAUUUAAUCUGUAGCUGUAGAAUAAAGACCGAGCAUAAUGGCCGAUAGUGCUAUUAUCAAGCGGCCAAGACGUUAUUUUUAUUUUCAUUUUAUUCUCUUAAGGUUUUUAGGUCUUGGGUGGUGGCACCAACCGGAUGAAGGUGAUACAAGAAAUUUCCCAAAUUGGUACUUAUACUACUCUAUUGCUACGCAGUUGAUAUGGGUAGCUGGAUUUGUUGGUCUCGAAACGAUUGACCCUUUCUUUGGCGAAAAAGAAAUGGACAGGUUUAUGUUUAGUUUAUCUUUCGUGAUCACUCAUGAUCUAACUUUGAUCAAACUUUAUAUAUUUUUCUUCAAAAACAAUGAAAUCCAAGACAUCGUACGUAUUUUAGAAAUUGAUCUAUACCGAUACUAUCAAAAUAAUAAAAGAAACCAAGCAACGAUUAUAACUACAAAGAUAAUGUCAAGUGCUUUUAUUUUCUUUGGAUGGCUUACUAUUGGGAACACUAAUGUGUAUGGUACAAUACAAGAUAUCCAAUGGAAGGCUGAAGUUGCUAAACUAAAUGACACUUCAGUUAAACCAUUAAGAACAUUACCACAACCGAUAUACAUACCGUGGAACUACCAAACAGACGCUGCCUAUAUUUCCACCUUUGUUCUUGAAACAGUAGGACUACUUUGGACUGGUCACAUUGUGAUGUCAAUUGAUACUUUCAUCGGCUCAGUUAUUCUUCAUAUGAGCUCACAAUUUUCAAUAUUAGGCGAAGCAUUAGUUACGGCAUACGAUCGUACGAUGCUGCAAUUAUAUGAUGGAGUAGAUGUGGAUAUGUCUGAAUCUUCACAUGCUCUUGAGGCUGGCAACGGUGACAUAAAAACAUCAGAUAAUAUAGAAAGGAUUGUUCGAAGACGAUAUUCAGAAGAGCAAGUGGAAUUAGCAUUGCAGAAUACGAUUAAAAACUGCUUAAAACAACACCAACUGCUCAUAAGCUGCGUAGAGAAAUUCCGCCGAACUUACUCGUACGGAUUCAUGACGCAACUUCUCUCCAGCAUGGCGGCCAUUUGCGUCGUAAUGGUUCAAGUUUCGCAAGACGCAUCAAGCUUUAAGUCCAUUCGACUUGUGACCUCUUUAGCUUUCUUUGUAGCUAUGAUAAUACAGUUGGCUAUUCAGUGCUUUACUGGGAAUGAACUUACACUACAAGCAGCUAAAGUGGCUGAUGCAGUGAUGCACAGCAAAUGGGAACAGAUGUCGCCGAGCCUUCGUCGUCUCUUACUCCUGAUGAUGAUGCGCGCGCAACGACCACUCAGACUUACGGCUGCUGGUUUUGCCUACAUGAACAACGACUGUUUCCUCGCUAUUAUGAAAGCAGCGUAUUCGUAUUACGCAGUCCUGAGUCAGAAACAAGUUUAGGUGUAGCCGGUUAAUAUAUACUCAUAUAUUGAAAAUUCUAGUUUAAUGUAUAGUUUAUUAAAAAUUUUAACACCACUUCAGCUGA